GCUCGGUGCUAGACGAUAGUGUGUCUUGUGCGUUUUCAGGAGUUUCAUAACAGGUCGAUGACGUUGGACAAGAGGGCGGUGGGCGUGGCUGUAGUGGUGGUGGUGUUGGCGGUGGUGGCUCUUGCUGCUGCUGAGAUGACCGAGACGUGGUUCGAGUAUCGUGCCCGUACUAAACGAGAACUCAAGAACAAGGCUCGAACUUCCCUCGACACUAACAUGGAGCUGGGUGAGCUACACUCCCGACAGAAGCGGACGAUCGCCUUCCCGACGGGCUCCACCUUCACCAUCACCCCUGUCCUGUGUAUCCCUGUCGUCUCUGUCGGUGACCUCUCUGGGUUCUUGGAUAUUGAGUUGCCCUUCACCAUCAAGCUGCCCAACGCCACGCAGAUCAGUUACGGCAGGAUGGACGACGACAGACUCGGUAUUUACAGCGUCCUCGUCGACACCAUCUCCAGGUUCGGGGUGGACGGCAAGUCGUGUCUGCUGAGGGCUGUGUGUGAAGUGGCCGAGUCACCACUAAGGGACGACGGCCUCCUGGGAGAGAUUCUCAACAUAAUCCUAACCGCCUCAUACGGGUCCACGUCGAACGAGCUGUACGACUAUGUGAACGCGGAGUACUACGGACGAGCGUACGGUAACUGUUGGUCAGCUUACCCGCAGUGUCCCAUGUCCUUGUUCAAGAUAUUCGACGGCUACAACGAUUUAUAACAUCUCCUUGGGGUAGAGAACCUGCCGCGCGCCCUACUACUGCUUUUUCAGCGGCGACUCCCCACUCCAAGAUGAUAAUUAUGGUUCCCCCCGAGCUUCUAGUUGUUACUGUCCCUGUUACUUCUAGCUGCAGCACCUAGUCACUCUCUGCUCUACACAAGUCAUUUCACGGUCGCUUCAAGUCAAUCUUGCUUUUCUCAGUAUAACCCAAUAAUCAGUGCUCUUACUUACGCCUCAUUACCUCUUCAGACUAUUACCAGAAUUACAGUCUUCUCUUUACUCGUCUAGUCGCCUCUAGUUUCCAGCAGCUGCACUGUUCAACUACCGGGUAGUCGAACCUGUUUUGUGAGACAGCUAAUAAUUUUCCAGAAUUGCAUGUGGGUUAUUUGAGACAAAUAUAACCGGAGCUAUUCACACCAGCUCUGUGUAAGAAAAUCUUCAUGUUUUGUUCUGUGUAAUGUUGUUUCUUCCCCAACUCCUGUCAUCUGUUACUUCAGAUAACUAUUCUUUACGAAACUAAUAAUAGGAAAACAGAUGUACUUCUAUGCAUACUGUCAUAAAAAUGAAAUUCAAUGAUGAUUUUCAACUUCUUGUAGCAAACCCCUUCAGGAAGUUUUUGUUCUUCCAUAUUCUAAUGUAGUUUAUAAGAACAGGAGUUACAGUAUACGACACGCAGAGGAGAGCGACCUGUACAGUUGCUGGAGGGAGCGGGGAUUAAUACAGGGGCAGAAACACUGGGAACUUCUUUGCCUGGGUGAAUACCGUCAUCAUUUUAGUCAUUGAACACUCCACUGCCUCCCAAACUUUUACUCCACAAUAGGAUUUGUUUCUACAUCUCAACUGGCGUUACAUCCUGUAAAUAUGAUUUCCAUUAUCUUAAAACAAUAAUUCCUAGUUAACGUCUUUCGACUUAGUUACUGUAGUCUUACGGUAGGCCUAUAGAUAAAAGAUUUAAAUCCACCUGAGAAAACGUUUGGUGCAGAUAGUCACACCUGAGAGGAAUAGAAUAGUUUUCCCUUCGCUCAUAGUGAACCUUCAUUUUCAUUCGAGUCCUCAUUUUCUUCCAGCUUAGAACACACACACACACACACACACACUAUACUGUACAUCUUGAUAAGAACAUCCCAAGCCUACGAUAUUUUUGUUCUUAUAUAAAAGACUCAUUUAUUUUCUCUCUCUAUCACACGUAUCAGUGGAGUGGUUAACUGAUGGGUGGGUUAUUUAUUUGUAUUUAUUAAUUAAUUUAUUGUUACCUAAUUUAGCAUGUAGUAGUGGGCAUCCUGAAUACCAAAGCUCGACCAAAGACUCGCGCACCCCUCGACUCGUGACCAUAGUUAAUAUAAUAGGAUAUUUUUUUCUUGGUCGACCAUUAUCCACUUCCUAUAGAGUCUAGGACUUAGACUCAGCACCGAAGCCUGGACGAGGAGCUUCAGGCGAGACUGUGGACAACUGGCCAGUAUUAGACGAAGCAAAGCAAAUUUGGUUUUGAAUUUG